UUGCAGGGCCUUUUGAGGAAAUCAUCUUCAAUGGAAAUUGUAGCUCUUGUUCUCUCUCUGCUGCUUACCAAUGGAAUGGUUUUAAUCAGUGCAGCGACCAAUGAUCAGAAUCCACAACCAGCUCCUACUAUUCAACUCUUUGCCACUGCCUCUUCAGAUGCUGUAGAGCUUACAGAGGACCACAAAUCGAAUGGUUCUGUUCCCUUAUUCAAAACAGCAGGACGAAGCCCCCGACCCCAUCCCAUGUGCUUAGUGUCGACUGGAAUCAGAGACACUUUCAAAUACAUCAGUACUGUGGUCUCUACUCUUGUAUUCAUCGUUGGAAUAGUUGGAAAUUCAGUACUAUUGAGAAUUAUAUAUGAAAACAAAUGUAUGAGAAGUGGACCUAACAUUCUCAUUGCCAACCUUGCUUUGGGAGACCUGCUGCAUAUCGUGAUAGAUAUUCCAGUCAAUGCUUACAGGCUCAUGGCUGGGGACUGGCCGUUUGGUUUGGCGCUCUGCAAACUAAUCCCUUUCAUCCAGAAAACCUCUGUUGGAAUCACAGUGUUGAGUUUAUGUGCCUUGAGCAUUGACAGGUAUCAAGCUGUUGCAUCCUGGAAUCGAAUCAAAGGCAUUGGGGUUUCAACGUGGACAGUAGUGGAAAUAACUGUGAUAUGGGUGACAUCAACAUUCCUGGCUGUUCCUGAAGUUGUCGGCUUUGAUAUGAUAACGAUGGAGUAUAAAGGACAGCAUCUGACAAUAUGUCUGCUUCACCCCAUACAGACCAAUCAGUUCAUGCAGUUUUAUAAAUCAGCAAAAGACUGGUGGCUCUUCGGUUUCUACUUCUGCGUGCCGCUGGCUUGUACGGCUGUCUUCUACACCCUGAUGGCCCGGAAAAUGUUGAGGAAGAAUGAGAAUACCCUGGGGAACCACACCAUACAGAGACGAGAAGUGGCCAAGACGGUGUUUUGCUUAGUGCUUGUAUUUGCUCUCUGUUGGUUACCACUGUACCUGAGCAGAAUCUUAAAACUCACCAUUUAUGAUGAGAAGGAUUCUAAAAGGUGUCAGCUACUGAGUGUGUUUCUUGUCCUGGACUAUAUUGGCAUUAAUAUGGCAUCGCUGAACUCCUGCAUCAACCCCAUUGCUCUGUACAUGGUCAGCAAACGAUUCAAAACAUGUUUCAAGAAACGCCUAUGUUGUUGGUGCAUACAUCCUGAACUAUUGAUGCUUGAAGAGGUACAGUCUAUCUUGAAGUCAAAUAAGCAGGACGAGGCCUCUAUGCACAGUGACAUUAGAGCUAAUAAGCCCACCUCCACUUGAGUAAGAGGACACUUGACUGUUUAAACAAUAUAUUACUAUGACAUAGGCAUAGAUUUAUU